GCGUGACUCAGGGCAUUUGGGUGCGCACCCCUGUGCCGUGCAGCUCUUUCCCCGCGGGCAGCAGCAGGCAGAGCUGGGGCAGGUGCUGGCGACGAGGGCAGGGGCGUCGCAGAGCCACCCCCAGGAGCGCCGGGUAAUGGUGCCACCGGGCUGAGUGCUGGGACGCAGCGAGGUGGCAGUGGGGGCCAAGCCCGGAGCCAUGGAGGUGCCCGGCCAGGAGCUCUAUGAGGAGAGGAUGAGGAGGUCCCUGGAACCUGAAGGCUACGAGGAUAUCGGCAUAAAGGGCUACCGCCUAUCGCUGGGGGAGAUGAGCGGGGCCGGCACCGGCACCGCGUCCCCCUUGCACGUGUGGAGGGCCCGAGCUGAGGAGCUGACGCCCCUGUGCCAGUACUUGCCUGGCCGCCGGGGAUACUAUGACGUGGAUGGGAGGAGGCGUGCGGCCGGGGCCCCCCCAGGACAGGCGAGCCACCGUGGCGGAGGGCAGCCUCCAUCAGUGACUGAUGUGGAUGUGGAGGCGGCAGGGAGCAGGACGCUCUUGUCCCAGCAGGACACCCAUGAGGUCUAUGUGGAGCUGCAUGAGCUGGUCAUGGACAGCACGAAGGAGCUGUGCUGGAUGGAGGCCAGCCACUGGCUCCAGCUGGAGGAGGACUUCAAGGAAGCUGGGCACUGGGGCCAGCCCCAUCUCUCCUUCCUGACCUACCACAGCCUCCUGGAGGUCCGACGGGCUUUGGCCAAAGGUGCUGUCCUUGUUGAUGUGGCAGCCAAGUCGCUGGCGGCCAUUGCCCAUGUCCUCAUCGACCAGAUGAUCUACGAGGGGCAGAUCAAGCCGCAGGACCAGGAGGCCAUCCUGAGGAUGCUGCUGCUGAAGCACAAACACCCCGACGAGGUGGAGUCAGUCGGGACCCUGCUGCGGGCACAGCUGCAGCGCUCGGGCAUGGGCCAGGCAGAGACUGAGCAGCCGCUGCUGCAGCAGCCCCUGGAAAUGCGCAGGCUGCCCGGGGCCAAGCAGAGCCCGAGUGGGGCCACGAAACCGCAGCUCCCCGAGAAGGUCCCCAAGGAUGCUGAGGCCACGCUGGUCCUUGUGGGCUGCGCAGCCUUCCUGGAGCAGCCAACGCUGGCCUUUGUGCGCCUGAAGGACGCAGUGAUGCUGGAUGCCGUCCUCGAUGUGCCCCUACCCGUGCGCUUCCUCUUCGUCGUCCUGGGCCCCGACAGCCCCCACAUCAGCUACCACGAGAUUGGCCGUGCUGUCGCCACCAUGAUGUCCGAGAGGGUCUUUCGCCGGGAUGCCUACCUGGCUGAGGGCCGCCAGGACCUGCUGCAGGGGGUGGAGGACUUCCUGGAGGCCAGCAUCGUCCUGCCACCCACCGAGACCCCCAACGAGCAGCUGCUGCGCAGCCUGGUGCCGCUGCAGCAGGACCUGCUCCGCCGCCGCUACCAGCCCCCCAAGAAGGCGCUGCACAAGGACGUUCCAAAAGGCCCAUGUAAGGCAGGGACCACCCCGGCCCCCCCAGGAUCCCCCUUCACCAUGGUUGGCGGGGACCCCACCUUGCACACAGGGUCCCCCCAUGGCCACCUGCUUGUGUCCCCAGGGGCGGAGGCACCACCAGCAGAGGACGACGACCCCCUGCGCAGGACGGGGAAACCUUUUGGGGGGCUGGUGCGGGACAUCUGCCGCCGGUACCCCAAGUAUCUCAGCGACAUCAAAGAUGCCUUCAGCCCCCAGUGCCUGGCUGCCAUCAUCUUCAUCUACUUCGCCGCACUGUCACCUGCUAUCACCUUUGGAGGCUUACUGAGUGAGAAGACCAAAGGCAUGAUGGGGGUGUCGGAGCUGCUCAUCUCCACCUGCGUGCAGUGCGUCCUCUUCAGCUUCUUCAGCGCUCAGCCCCUGCUUGUCGUUGGCUUUUCAGGGCCCCUCCUCGUCUUUGAGGAAGCCUUCUACUCGUUCUGCAGCAACAAUGGCAUAGAGUACAUCGUGGGCCGGGUCUGGAUCGGCUUCUGGAUGAUCCUGCUGGUGCUGGUGGUGGUGGCCUGCGAGGGCAGCUUCCUGGUGCGCUACCUGUCCCGCUACACCCAGGAGAUCUUCUCCUUCCUCAUCUCCCUCAUCUUCAUCUACGAGACCUUCUCCAAGCUUGUCACGAUCUUCCAGAAUCAUCCGCUACAGCGGCAUUACAAUGUGCAGGCCACGGUCCAGCCCCACGUGCCAGAGCCCAACACGGCACUGCUGUCCCUCGUCCUCAUGGCUGGCACCUUCUUCCUGGCCUUCUUCCUCCGCAAGUUCAAGAACAGCUCCUUCCUGCCUGGCAAAAUCCGGCGUUUGAUCGGGGACUUCGGGGUGCCCAUUUCCAUCUUUGUCAUGGCGCUAGUCGACUUCUUCAUCAAGGACACGUACACGCAGAAACUGAAGGUCCCCAAAGGGCUGGAGGUCACCAACGCGUCUGCCCGGAGCUGGUUUAUCCACCCCUUGGGGAAUAACAGCCCCUUCCCCAUCUGGAUGAUGUUUGCCACCAUGGUGCCUGCCCUCCUGGUCUUCAUCCUCAUCUUCCUCGAGACACAGAUUACCACCCUCAUUGUCAGCAAGCCUGAGAGGAAGCUGGUGAAGGGCUCUGGCUUCCACCUGGACCUGCUGCUGAUUGUGGUCAUGGGGGGGCUGGCCGCCCUCUUCGGCAUGCCCUGGCUCAGUGCCACCACCGUCCGCACCAUCACCCAUGCCAACGCCCUCACCGUCAUGAGCAAGACCUCCGCUGCCAGCGAGAAGGCCCAGAUCCUGGAGGUCAAGGAACAGCGUGUCAGCGGCUUCUUCGUGGCUGUGCUCAUCGGUGUCUCCAUCCUCAUGGAGCCCAUCCUGAAGUACAUCCCGCUGGCCGUGCUCUUUGGCAUCUUCCUCUACAUGGGUGUCACCUCCCUCUUUGGCAUCCAGCUCUUUGACCGCAUCCUGCUCUUGCUGAUGCCACCCAAGUACCACCCUAAGGAGCCCUACGUCACCCGGGUGAAGACUUUGCGGAUGCACCUCUUCACCGUCACCCAAAUCAUCGUCCUUGUGCUGCUGUGGGUGGUGAAGUCCACCCCGGCCUCGCUGGCGCUACCCUUCGUCCUCAUCCUCACUGUGCCCCUGCGGCGCCUUCUGCUGCCCAAGAUCUUCCACGAAGUCGAGCUCAAAUGUCUGGAUGCGGACGAUGCCGUGGUGACCUUCGAAGAGGAGGAGGGCACAGAUGUGUACGACGAGGUGCAGAUGCCCAGCUAAGGGCUGGCUGCCGCCCACCCCCCAGCUGGCCCCAUGCCCCCCCAGCCCCCCACACCCACUUAGAGCUCUGCUGCUGCCAUCCUGGGGCUGCUGGGCAAUGGAGGAGACCUUGGGGACACAGCCCCAGAGCCCCCGUCCCCACCUGCACACCCUGCAAAUGGGGCCUUUUUGUUUUUUUCCCUUUUUUAAAUCUUUUUUUAAAAAAAUGUUUUGGAUGGUGUGAUCUCACGCACACUUUGCUACCCACUGGGGAAGACGCUGCCUGGGCUGGGGGGGUCCUGUGGGCCAUCCCCCACCCCAUGGCAGGGCAGGAUGGCCCGUGCCCCGUGUCACCAUCCUGUCCCCAAGGCCACCCCAGAGCCGUGACUGGGACCGAGCGUGGGAAGGAGCUGGAGGAAGACACCCAAGCCUGGAGGGAGGCACAAGGCAGGGACAGGGUGAUGUAGGAGGGAAUGGAGAUUGCCCCCAGCCCUGCUGCCUCCCCUGGGGAACCCCCCCCUGCCCAGCCACUAUUCCCCAGAUGAACUUCCAGUGCUAACGAGCAUGAGCUGGGACAGACCUUUUGCCCCACAGAGCCCUUUUCCCCCCUUCCUCCAUCAUUUGCCCCAGCGAGAGCAUCCCUGCUGCUCCACUGUGCUCACGGCUGCCCGCAGCAGCUCACAGGGUCAGGAUGUAAACAGUCCAGUGAGGGGGUUUAUAUUUUUGCAAUUCAGAUAAUCAUGCUAAAAAUACCCAAAAAAAUUACACUGACGCUUCCGCAAGUAGGAUUCACUCAAAACCAAACAAAAAUCAAAAAAAAGGCUGAAAAAGCACCUUAAAAAAAGAAAAAAAUGAGGGAAGAAAAAAAAAAAAAAAAAAGCAGGUGCCAGGAAUGAUGUGUAUAUUUGAUGCUAGCAUUUGGGGGAGCUUGUAAUUUAUUUCUAAAGGCUGAUUGUGCUCCUGCUGGCAGCGGGGGCCAUGUGCGUGUGUGUGUAUAUACUAGAGAGAAACUAUAUAAAAAUUUACAAUUUUCUAGACAAGCUUAUUUCAAAGGAUCCUGGUCAGGGCCUAAACUCUAUGGACCAGUCCAGCGCGUCGUUUAACUGAUGAAUUAGUGUUAGUAUAAUUCCUUUUUAUUUUUUUAGCAUUUCAGUUAAAUCAAUGUAGUUUUUCCUUGAUUUUUCCCUUGCUUGCUGGGUGCAUCCUGCCCCAUUUCUGCUGGGAUUGCUCCCAAACUGGCCGAGCAUCCCCCUGCUUCUGCAAGGGCAGCCCCUGCCCUGGUCAGACCCACGGGCCAGAUCCAGCCAGGGCACAGCACCUCAGCAGGUUGCAAAUUUGCUUCUUUUUGCAUAAAUUCGAGCAGGGGAACCCCACCAUCAGCACGGGGGACAGCAGACGGGGGGCAGCCAUGCCCAGGGCGGCGCUGCCUUGUCUUUGGGUUGGUUUAGUUUUAUUAAUUACGUGUCUGAAAUAAAUGUUGCGAGCUUUGGGUUUUUUUUUCCUUCCACUCCCCAGCCACUUCUGUAUCAGGCUUUAAUAAAGAAAUUAAUAAAACCAGAA